AAAGCAACACGCUUGGUACGAGGCAGCGCAUGGGAUUGCUGCUUGAUGGCCUCUCAUCCUAGGCCAAUGACGCCUGUAAGUGCAAUGGCUGGAAGAACCCCAACCCACCUACUGCUCCCCGCAUGGACUUGCAGCAGCCUGUGACCAACCUGAGCGAGCCCUGCCGGAGCUGUGGACAUGCCUUAGCAGACCACGUGUCCCACUUGGAGAAUGUCUCAGAGGAGGAGAUUAACCGGCUGCUGGGCAUGGUGGUGGACGUUGAAAACCUUUUCAUGUCAGUCCACAAGGAGGAGGACACAGACACCAAGCAGGUGUACUUCUACCUGUUCAAGCUCCUGAGGAAAUGCAUCCUGCAGAUGAGCCAGCCUGUAGUUGAGGGGUCCCUGGGAAGCCCUCCUUUCGAGAAACCGAACAUUGAGCAGGGAGUCUUGAACUUUGUCCAGUACAAGUUCAGCCACCUGCCACCCAAGGAGCGGCAGACAAUGUACGAGCUCUCAAAGAUGUUCCUGCUUUGUCUCAACUACUGGAAGCUGGAAACACCAUCCCAGUUCCGCCAGCGCUCGCAGAACGACGAUGUGGCUACCUACAAGGUCAACUACACAAGGUGGCUGUGCUACUGCCAUGUGCCACAGAGCUGUGACAGCCUUCCCCGCUAUGAGACCACCCAUGUUUUUGGGCGUAGCCUCCUGAAGUCCAUCUUCACAGUCACCCGCCGGCAGCUGCUGGAGAAGUUCCGGGUAGAGAAGGACAAGCUAGUGCCAGAGAAGCGGACGCUGAUCCUCACCCACUUCCCCAAGUUCCUGUCAAUGCUGGAGGAGGAGAUCUAUGGGGAGAACUCUCCUAUCUGGGAGGCUGAUUUCACAGUACCUGCUACAGAGGGUGGCCAGCUGGUGUCUCGCCCAGCCGCGGUCAGCACCGUUGCUGUGCCCAGCACUCCACUCUUCAGCAAGAAGCUCAGCAACAGCAGCUCUUCGGCGAACAUGGAUUCCAGCACCCCAGAGCCUAUGCCAGGUGAGAAGCGGAAGCUACCUGAGAGCCUGACACUGGAAGAUGCCAAGCGGAUUCGUGUCAUGGGUGACAUUCCCAUGGAGCUAGUGAAUGAGGUCAUGCUGACCAUCACGGACCCUGCUGCCAUGCUGGGCCCUGAGACCAGUCUGCUGUCAGCAAAUGCGGCACGGGACGAGACCGCCCGGCUGGAGGAGAGACGUGGCAUCAUUGAGUUCCACGUCAUCGGCAAUUCGCUCUCGCAGAAGUCCAACAAGAAGAUCCUGAUGUGGCUGGUGGGUUUGCAGAAUGUUUUCUCACACCAGCUGCCCCGCAUGCCCAAGGAGUACAUCACACGCCUUGUCUUUGACCCGAAACACAAGACGCUGGCUCUGAUCAAGGAUGGCAGAGUGAUUGGGGGGAUCUGCUUCCGGAUGUUCCCGACCCAGGGGUUCACAGAGAUAGUCUUUUGCGCUGUGACAUCGAAUGAGCAAGUGAAGGGCUACGGGACGCACCUGAUGAACCACCUGAAGGAGUACCACAUCAAGCACAACAUCCUAUACUUCCUGACCUAUGCUGACGAGUACGCCAUUGGCUACUUCAAGAAGCAGGGAUUCUCUAAGGACAUCAAGGUCCCCAAGAGCCGCUACCUGGGCUACAUCAAGGAUUAUGAGGGGGCAACUCUGAUGGAGUGUGAGCUGAACCCCCGGAUCCCCUACACUGAGCUCUCCCACAUCAUCAAGAAGCAGAAGGAGAUAAUCAAGAAGCUGAUUGAGAGGAAGCAAGCACAGAUCCGAAAGGUCUACCCUGGCCUGACCUGCUUCAAGGAGGGUGUGCGGCAGAUCCCUAUUGAGAGUGUCCCUGGCAUUCGAGAAACAGGAUGGAAACCUUUGGGGAAGGAGAAGGGAAAAGAGCUGAAGGAUCCAGACCAGCUCUACAACACCCUGAAGAACCUUCUGGCCCAGAUCAAGACCCACCCCAGCGCGUGGCCCUUCAUGGAGCCUGUGAAGAAGUCAGAGGCGCCAGACUACUAUGAAAUCAUCCGCUUCCCCAUCGACCUGAAGACCAUGACUGAGCGCCUGAAGAAUCGCUACUACGUCACCAAGAAGCUGUUCAUUGCCGACCUGCAGCGCAUCAUCACCAACUGCCGCGAGUACAACCCACCUGACAGCGACUACUGCAAGUGUGCCAACACAUUGGAGAAGUUCUUCUACUUCAAGCUCAAGGAGGGGGGGCUCAUUGACAAGUAGGGGAGCUGACCUGGCUUCUCCUUGGCCACCAGGACCCCAAGUCCCUGCUUCCCCCCCAGGCCCAGCCUGGGAGGGGCAGGGCUGCUGUUGACCCCCAAGGGAGCCUGUGGGACUCUGAGCCCUGCUCAGCUGAGCAGGGGCUGUUGGAAGAUUUGUUGCUGCUGAACAGCCUGGGGAAGCUGGGUCUUCCCUCUUCUGGGGCUGAGGUGAGUGGGGGUGGUGCUCUGUGCUUGGAACUACCUUUUGUCCUCGUGGUGUCAGCAGCCUCUGUCCUUGGGGGCUGCGUGAGCAGCAGGGCUGGUGCAGCUGCUUCUGAGGGACUGCCCGGGGCAGGGUUGGCACUGGGGUACAGCCUCUCCCUGUCCCUGCUCUGUGCAGAGCUGGGAGACCCCUUGCUACCUGUGUUCCCCUCUCCCCCAAGGGAUGUGCCUUCUGCCCUGGCUGUUAGCGAAAGGGGCAGCCCCAGGGCUGGGGCACAUAAGUGCUUUGGUUUUCUGCAUGGCCCACGGUUUCUGCCAACCCCCAGGGUGAAGCGCCUGCUGCCCAGGGCCAGCAAGCUGCGCUCGCACACAGCACCUGCCCUCUCCUUGAAUGUACAGCAGGGCUUGGCCCUGGCGGCUCUGAGGAGCAGGGGCAGAGAUGCUGCUCUGGGUCCAGGCUCUCAGGUGGGUUCCCUGCUGUGACUCAGCACUCUGUCCUCUGUGCUUUAGAGCUCCCCGCUGCCUCCUUAUCAGCUCUUCCCUUCCUGCAGGGG